CUUCUCUUUCUGCAAACGACAAUGGCUUCUCGAUCUCUCUCCUUCUUCAAGUUUCAGAGGUUCUCUGUGGAGAUCAAUGGCCACUUUUACUCGAAAUUGAGUUUCUUUCUAUUUUUUUUUCAUUUCAUUGAUUUGAAAUUGGUUAAAGAGAUAUGGAUCAUGACUUUUCUCUGUUUUUCUUUUUGUAAUAGUUGUGUUAUUUGUUGCAGUAAACCACAAUUGGGCAUGUAGAUCACGGGAAGACUGCUUUGACUGCUGCAAUCACAAAGGUUCUUGCUGAAGAGAGAAAAGCUAAAGCUAUUGCCUUUGAUGAAAUUGAUAAAGCUCCCGAAGAGAAGAAGAGAGGAAAUACUAUUGCUACAUGGGAGCAUUGAGAGAUUCAUCACAGAGUGGAGCAUUGGGAGCAUCUCGUGGGCAUACCACUCCCGCUUUGUUCUAUCUUGCUUUGGGAGGGUCCUUGUUAUCUUAUAUAUACUCUGCUCCACCUCUUAAGUUGGGAAUAGCGAUUGUUUAUAACUUCAAAAGUGUUGAAGGAGACAGAGCAAUGGGCCUUCAGUCUCUCCUAGUAGCUUUUGGCACUGAGGCUGCAAAAUGGAUAUGCGUUAGUGCUAUAGACGUUACUCAGAUCUCUGUUGCCGGUAUGUAGUAUGACUUCUAUUUCUUGUGCUUGAUCUUAUGAACUAGAGGAUCAUUAGUGAAUGUCUAUUCUGGUUGUAGUGUAUCUUGUAGUGAAAGUAUUGUUUUUAAAACUCUUCUCCAAACAAGUGUAAAACAAAUUCUCUCCUUCUCUAUAUAAAAUCAUCUACAUUCCUUCUUUA